CAUUAUUUCGCUUCUGUUACUUCGGAGAGCACGCUGAAAAGUGUUUUGACGACAGUUCUGUUAUAAAUUAUUUAAUUACCGGUAUAAAUACGUUAGACUGUGUGAAUAAUUGUUGGAUCACAGAGAAUUUUACUUAUUGCUUGUGUUUUUGUGCACAUUUUAGGCUACAAUGCGUCGUAAAAGUGAGCGUACCGCAAGUAAAAAAGGGAAGGCUUCCCCAGAAAAGAAAAUUGAAAAAGUUAAACGUACAAGAACCAGCAGACGUAGAAAGCAAUCUUCGUCUUCAGAAAACGAAUCUGCUGAUGAUGGAAGCCCAGUGAGAGAAGUUGAGAGCGUCAGUGAAGCUGAAAAGAAGCCUCCAUCAACACCCGCUAAAGAGGAUAGCCCUGAAGAGGCUCAAGAUCAGGUAUGGCGUGUUAAAACUACUGAGGCCUCUGGUGAUAUAAAAAAGUUAAAAAUUUGUUUAACGCGUCCACCAUCCACACCUGAAAGAGUCGAUAGAUCUCCUCGCAGUAAAAGAAAACAUUCACGAGCGACAAGCUCCAGUGAUACACCCAGCGUGGAGGGCGUUGAAGAAAAAAAGAAGUCGAAACAUCGUUCUAAACGUGCUCUUCGAGGUUCAAAGGAUGAUAUAGAUAAAAAUAAUGAUAGUCAGGGAGAUGAGCCUGAUCAGGAAUCUGGACAGCAAGAUCAAGAUAAAUCUUGUGAUGAGGUAACUCAAAGUGAAACUAUUGAAGAUGUUGAAACACCAGUGUCCACAACUAAUGAAGAAAUGAAGGUGGAUGAAGCAAAAAACUUGUCCCAAAGCAGUGAAGAUAAACUUGAAAAUAGAGAAAAUACCACAAGUGAGCAAGAGGACACAGAAAAAGCUUCUGAUGCUGAUACAACUGUUGUUUCACCCAAAAAUGAAACAAGAGUUGCAUCACCAUCAGUUGAAGUAAAUCCUGAACCUAAUUCAGACAACCAAGAAGAGCAACCAUCUAAUAGUACUGAAGACAAGAGACAAGAGGAUACCAAUUUAGUUGAGAAAGAAAGCCCUAGAAGGACAAGAAGUGAGUCAGUUGACAAAUCAGAGGUCCUAGAAUUACAUGCAGAUGAUAGUAAGUGCGAAUCUUCUGAUAAUGAGGCAAGCCAGUCGAAAACUGAAUUCGAACACGGAACAAACAAGAAGGAUGAAAUUGAAAAAGAUAAAGAAAAUGUGAUCCAAGAGGAACAGAAACCUAUUGAAUCCCAAGAAGAGAUACCUAUUGUACCUGAAAAUGAAGAGAAACCUAUGCCCGAAAAUAACGAGAAACCUAUGAUGCCCGAAAAUGAAGAGAGACCUACUACGCCCAAAAAUGAAGAGAUACCAUCCGUGUCCCAAGAUGAGGAGAAACCAGCAUCUGAAGACCCAAAGGUAAGUAUAGUAAAUGAAGAAAAUAUUAGUAAAGAAACUGAGAAAGUUGAGUCUGAUAGCAAAGAAGCUAUUAAUGAAACUGAUGUUGUAGAGAGUUCUGAGAAGGUAAAUAAAGAAAAACAAGAAAAGACUAUAGCAAAUGAUACAGCAAUUCAACCUAUGGAGAUGGAGACAGCUAAAGUUGAACCUGAACAAACACCACACCAGCCCAAAGAGUUGCAGCGCUCAGAUUCUGUGAAGUCUACAAAAGACGAACCUGUUGCCAAUGGUCAAUCUGCUCCAGCUGUAGUGGGCAGGAAGAGAAGAUGGGGAUCAAGGAGUUCUAAACUCACAACCCAGAAAUCAAUAACAAUUUCAACUGAUGUAUUGAGAGACAUUAUACCUGAUGUGAAACCCGUUGAGUUUGAUGAAGUUAUAGAAGAGAAGAAACACAGAAGAAUAGAGACUCAGGAAAGAAUUGAACGACCAGUUCUUCCAAAAAUAAUUAUUGACAAUACUGACAAUGUGGAAUUGAAAAAGGAAUCUGAGGAAGAACAAGAUCCUCACACUCCAAAGCCAAGAGAUUUAGCUUCCAGUAGAAAAAUAUCAAUAAUUAAGGAUAGUGAUAGUAUAAUAGCAAGACCACCGAGCCCACCCAGAAAUAAACAGUCAUGUAUUUUGUAUAUUACAAAUUUGGUGAGGCCAUUUACACUACCACAGUUGAAGAAUUUGCUGCAAAGGACAGGAAGAAUUGUAGAAAAUGGAUUUUGGAUAGAUAGAAUUAAAUCAAAAUGCUUUGUGGAAUAUGAAACUGAAGACCAAGCUGUGGAGACAAGGCAUGCCUUGCAUGGUGUUACUUGGCCGGUUUCAAAUCCAAAGACGCUUCAAGUGGACUUUUCCACACAAGAAGCCUUUGAGAAAGCUAAAUCUAAUGAAGAUACUGAUGCUACACCAGUGUCAACAAUUCCUGGAACAGUUGAGGAUUGGCUUCGGGAGCAAGACAUGAAGAGAGAUCGAGGGGAUUUGGACAAACCAUGGGAAAGGAAAGCAGCUACUCGAGAAUGGGAUCUGGGAAAGAAUGAAAAAGACAAAGAUAAUAAAGAUAAUAAGUCAAAGCGUGAAGAAAGGCCGGCUGAUAAGAGAAGACAUCGCUCCCCAGAGAAAAGCCCUGAGCCUGCAAGGAAAUUCAAGAAGAAAGAAGAAGAAGCACCCGCUAAGCUGUUGGAUGACCUAUUUAGAAAGACUAAAACAACUCCAUGCAUAUACUGGUUGCCGCUCUCAGCUGAAACGAUAGCAAUAAAGGAAGAACAGCGGCGCCAGCACAUGGCGGAGCACGAACGAAGGCUACAGGAGCUGCGCCGAACGCACCGCCGUCACUAUGACAGAGACAGUUGUGUUGGCGAUUACAAACGCCAACCACUAAAUUCAGGAGGAGCUGAAUCCGUAAUGGCGCGGUUGAUGUGGUACGUGCUGGCGGCGGUAGUGGCGUGUGCCACAGCACAACAGAACUUCACCCUUGAAGAGUUUGUGACGGGGCAGUUCGCUCAAACAGGAUUUACCGGCCGAUGGAUUUCAGAUACUCGGUUCACAUACACGUUGGCACAACAGCCCACAAUCUUUCAAUAUGAUUGCACUACAGAUACGAGCUCAGAACUCGUUUCAGGAAGUCUUAUGGAACAACUGGAAACCGACAAUCCUAUCCUGUCACCUGACGAGAAUUAUAUUUUAGCUUCGCAGGGAGUUCAGCGGGUGUACCGGCAUUCUACAACUGCUAGAUAUGCGCUUUUUAACGUUCAGAGUGGACGAACGAUUCAGGUGGGCAAUAAUCAGCGCCUGCAGCUUUGUAUCUUCGGUGGCAAUCAGCACGCCCUGGCCUACGUGUACGCCAACAAUCUGUACUAUUUACCCAACAGCAACGCACAGCCCAUUGCUAUUACCAACGACGGAAUAGAGGGUGUUGUCUACAAUGGACAUACCGACUGGGUGUACGAAGAGGAUGUCAUGUACACCGGUCAGGCGACUUGGUUUUCCACCGCCGGUUCCUACCUGGCAUUUGCGACAUUCGACGACAGUAAUGUGGAGGACUACUCUUACUAUUACUAUACCGAUAGUGACAACAAUGGCACAGAGUUCCUUUACCCAAAACUCUUCGACCUCAGGUACCCCAAGGUGGGCCAUGAGAAUCCUACAGUGAAACUUCGCGUGGUGAACUUAGCCCAGUUAGUGGCUAACCCUACCAACCCUAGUUUCAUCAUUAUGAAUGCUCCGGCGGCCGUGUCUACCGACCAUAUACUGGGCGGCGUCACUUGGAUCACAGACAAUGAGAUCGCUAUGCAUUGGAUGAACAGGCGACAAAACUAUUCUGUACUACAGAUCUGCAACAUCGUCUCCGGGAAUUGUGAGGAGGAGCAUAGAGAGGAGCCGAAAGGUUGGAUCCCGUUGGCAUUGCCUCGGUUCAGCAAAGAUGGAUCUUUCUACGUAUCGACGCGCUGGUCGCGCCCUCAGGCGGACGGCAUGGUCUGGCAACAUUUGUUCCUCAGCUUGAGGGUCGGCGGAAACAUAAUCUCCACCUCCAUCUCCCCUGGAGCAUCCACUAUCAAUAAUUUCAUCGGAAUGGAUGACGCACGUUUGGCUUUUUACUACACGCGCACGAUGCCAAACAUGCCGUGGCAGUCAGAAGUAUGCGUAGCUGGAGCGGACGACCGAUGCUUCAGUAAAGAACUGGUGCUGCCUGACGGGGGCCCGUGCACCUGGGCCACUGCCACCCUCAGCCAGGGAGGAUCAUACAUGACCAUCACCUGCUCUUCCCCUGAAGAACCUUCUGCCACUUACAUUAUUGAUCUUUACGACAGUGAAAAGGCUCCUGUACUUUGGGAGGCAAACGCCAUCGUUCGCCAGCGUUUGGUGGGCAAGGCUAGAUGGAGCAGCAUCAUCACGACUGUUCCUCUAGAGAACGGGUUCCCAGCCCCUGUCAGACUACUCCUGCCUCCUGGACUGGAUGUCAACGACGCCACCACUAAAUACCCCGUCGUAUUCUACGUGUAUUCCGGACCUAAUACCAAUACUGUGUUCAAUACCUUCACUGUUGGUUACCACGCGUACUUGACUACCAGUCGUAACAUCAUCUACAUGUUGGCUGACGGCCGCGGCUCCGGUCUGAAGGGACAGGACAUUUUGUUCUCACUCAACAAUGCGCUCGGAACCGUCGAAGUGGAGGACCACUUUGUUAUCCUCAGAAAAGUAUUGGAUCGUUAUCCGUUCAUGGACCGCACGAGGGUGGGUAUCUGGGGUCACAGCUAUGGUGGCUACGCGACCCUCCUAACGAUGCUAAAGGAUGACGAGAAACUCUUCCAGUGCGGUGUCUCUGGAGCUCCUGUCACCUCCUGGCUGUAUUAUAACACGAUGUACACGGAGCGUUACAUGGGCAGACCCACUGAAGAGGACAACCUCGCGGGCUACCAAGCUGGUGACGUCACACUCCUGGCGGAGAAGCUCCGCGGACAUGACUUCUUCAUCAUGCACGGGAACGCUGACGACAAUGUCCACUAUCAGAACGCUGCCAAGCUGAUCAAGGCUUUACAAGAACUUGAUAUACCGUUUGAACAGAUGUCAUAUCCUGAUGAAGCUCACAGUCUGACUGGAGUCAACCUGCACAGAUACCACGCAAUGGACCGCUACUGGACGCGUUGCUUGAGGCUGCAAGAUUGGCAUUAAUAACAUUUACUAAUUUAUUACAUUACACGUACUUUACUUGUCUACCAAUAGAGGCGAUUUUCGCGUGCAGUACCGAUUCAAUUUUGUGAACAUAGUGUUAUCGAUAACUUUUAUUUCAUGUAAAUAUCUGUUAUUGAAAUUGUUAAUUACACAAUUAUCUAUGUAUGAAGCCAAUAAUUUUGUUCCUAUAUUUGUAAUAGUACCUACAUUGUGAUAGGAAUGGUUUGUAAAGAUGUUUGUAUUUACACAUGUUGUUCAAUUACAUAAUUAUUAAGUUUUUACAUUAUAACAAACAAUAAAACAUUUUUU